GACCUGGAAUACAAAUCAGAUGCAGACCUUUUGGGAGGGAUCAGUUUGAGAUCGCCUGUGUAAAAGGAUUCAAGGUAUCCCGAGCUUGAGUGCCCUUGUUGUCUGUGAUGCCCUCCCAUGAAGCCCAGGUCGGUAGCUGACACUGCCAGUGAGCGGGAGACGCCACUGCACAACCGGUCCGUCAGCCGGUUAUCGCCCUCCCUCUCGCACGCUGGAGACUCCAACUCCACCCACCUACCAAUAUCCACAACCAUCAGCUCUGAUCCACCCCAGUGAAGCCCUUUUCAGAAACCACCAGCACCACCAGCAGCAGCAGCAGCAGCAGAAGCCAAAAACCUGCACUAUCUUCAACGCAAUCAGCAACACACCAGCACCACAAUUAUCACCAGCAUGUCCAGUCGAAGAAAGUCCUCCACCCCUUGCAUGGUGCGGGUCGUCAGCGAAGUUCCCGAGGAGCAAGAUGACCCCGAGCAGGAGGUGAUGGACGUGAAUGCAUCGUCGGACGACGACGCCACGGAGAAAGAACAAUCAGAAGAGAGUCGAGACCCCCAGCGGGAGCCUUCAGAGAAUCCAGACCAGCAGACGUUUCGAAAACCAGUGGAAAAUCAGAAUCCUGAGCCAUUAGAACAAGAGGAGAAGGACAAGAAGGAGAGGGAAGGGGUUGAAUGUGACCCCGAGUCCCAGAAACAGCCGCCCAGAGGCUACGAGUGCAAAUACUGCCCGUUUUCAACGCAGAACCUGACUGAAUUUAAAGACCACGUGGACUCCAGCCACCCUAACGUCAUUCUCAAUCCGUUGUACCUCUGCGCGGUCUGCAACUUCAACACCAAGAAGUUCGACUCGCUCACGGAGCACAACGAGAGCCGGCACCCGGGCGAGACGGACUUCAAGUUCAAGAGGAUAAAAGUGAACAAUCAGACUAUCUUAGAGCAGACAAUCGAAGGCAAGGACAAUUCAGUCGAAUGCGACGCGAGAGGCGAACGGGAUGAAACGCUUCCGUCUUGCGUAUCAUCGACCACGGUGAAAACCCCAGGCAAUACCCAGUCGCCCUAUCAAGGGAGCGAACUGAAAAGCAAGCGGGACAGCCUGAUCCAGAAGAAUCAAAUCACAGCGGUGAACGUCAAUGGAACGGUAAUCAUCCCCGAACCGACCAUCCUCCAAGGGCUCUCGCACGUCACCCCGAUGCUCCAACGCCCGCCUAACUUUAACUCUGUACCAAAAAUAGCUGUUCCCUUGAACACCACCAAAUAUAACCCUUCUUUAGACGACAACUUGACGUUGAUCACCUCCUUCAGCAAGUUCCCUUACCCGACGCACGCCGAGUUGUCGUGGCUGACCGCCGCCUCCAAGCACCCGGAGGACCAGAUCAAAGUCUGGUUCACCACCCAGCGGCUUAAGCAAGGCAUCACCUGGUCCCCAGAGGAGGUGGAAGAAUCCAGGAAGAAGAUGUUCAAUGGCUCCAUCCCUCCCACGCAUCACACGUUCACCCUCCUGCCUAACAACCCCCCAAUCUCGCAACAGUCAACCGCCAAAUCCACCCAGCAGUCCUCUGUCCACACUUCAUUCGGGCAUGCGAGUUAUGUCCGGACAUCCGCGUCCAAUGGGUUAAGUGUAGUCGCCACCACGAACUCUCCAGCUGGAGCUUCGAUUGGCUCCAUCCCUUCCCUUAAACGAUCCCUGCCAACGCACCUGACGACAGUGUUUGGCCCGGAGUCUAAGCGGCCCAUCAUGGCAGUCGCCCCUCACUCUGGGGACCCUAAAGACAGGGGCCUCAUGGCUCCUCCGCCCCCUCCUCCCCCGAAAGACCGCCUCCCAAUGGCUCCACCUCCUGUUCCCGUGGAGACAAAGAGACCUGUAGCAGUCCCUCUGGUGACCACGGAGUUGAAGAGGCUAUGCGCUACUGUGCCUUUAAUGCCGCCGCCAUCAUCGCCGUCUUCGUUGUCCAAAGGGAAGGUUCUCUCGACGUUAGGGAACCCCAAAACGAAGCCGGUGGUCUCGCUGCCCUCCAUAGUCUUUCCAGAGUCUUUAACAAGGCCGCUGAUAGUUCCCCCGCCUAUCUUUGCCCCGCCAUUUAAAAACGCGUUACUUUUUCCUCUUAAUUCGCCCAUCACUUCCAAAGAAAAGCACCUUAAUCCCCACGCUUUAUCAGCUGCUGAUCUGAAGCUGACGAACUCCCCACCACUUCACACCCCACACGUAAGGAGGCCGACCAUUAUCCAGUCCAUUCGUGCUCCGGCUAAAGCCCCGUCCCAGAUUCCGGGGUUUCCGUCGGAUAGCAAGAAGCUAAAAGAGCAGCCACGAGUGGAGGUGAAAGCCAGCUACCCCAGAGGAGAUAAGGUGCUCACUCCUCUAGCGGAGGCCAACGGGACAUCUCGCAGGGACGGGAAGCGGACCCACAAUCAAACCUCUCUCGCUCACAGCAACGGGGUCAUGCAUCUUGAUGGCGGCGAGCUAGCAGCAGGGCUGAAAACAGACUUUCAGCAAAAGUCCUUGGUGCUUACCCAAUUCCCCUUGCUGGAGAGGAUGAAAGGCAAGACGGCAGAGCAGCUAAAGAUCUUGGAGGAGAACUUCUUGAGGAACAGCUUCCCCACGCUCAGCGACGUGGACAAUCUGGCCGGCACCACUCGCCUAUCCCACCAGGAAAUCGACAGCUGGUUUGCGGAGCGCAGAGCCCUGCGGGACAACCUUGAACAAGCUCUUCUCAACUCCAUGGGCACCAAGAGGAUGGACUCCGGUGACACCAAGAAACGACUACAUCAGCAGCAGCAACAACAGCACCAAACUCUCCAGCUGAAUGGGAUUCACAAACCAAGCCUUCUUCCACCCUCUUCCACCAUGCCCAUCAUUGCCCCCUCUAUCCCCAACCCAAAUUCCUGCUCAGUGCCUCCAGACAGCCGAUCCCUGGCACUCCUCAAGGACAAUUUUGCUCAAACGCGGUGGCCUUCCCCUGAGGAGUUCAGCCAGCUGGAGGGACGGACGGGACGCGCCGAACUCGCCCGCUGGUUUAACGACAGCCGGCUGCAGUGCAGCAGCGUGGAGCUGACGGAACUUUUUCACAACAAUGGCGUGAACGGAGGGCAGGGGCUGCCCGUGUGCUCCCCCAAAAUCGCUCCCCCCGGCAGCAACAACAACAGCAGCAGUAAGGUGUUGGAGGUUGAGUUGGGCUGGCUAAUGGAGCAGCGCGCUAACAGCCUCAGCAGUCAACAGCAUGAUGAGAUCCAAGACCGGUUUGCUGGCAGACUGGCGCAGCAGAACGUGGCGGAGUUGAAGGUGGUGGGAGGAGCUCGGGGGGUGUUCGGCAGCUGGCUGGAGGACGGACACUCCACGAAGACGGGACGGGAGCUGCUCCGGGACAGAGACAGGACGCUACCGGAGGACGCGUCUGGGAGGCUGACUGGAUGAACGGUGUGAAUAGGAUUUGCUGUCGUCGUUGCCGCUGCUGGAAACAGGAGGAGGAAAGAAACCAAGUUGGACGGAGAAUGGAGAAAAGAAGAAGAGUUUUUUAUUACUUUUCACUUUAUUACUUUUUUCUUUUUAUUUGAUUUUUCACCGAUUUUUUUAAAUCUCUUUUGAUUGUCGCAUCCCAGGUCACGCACAACAUCCCCAACAUCGCACGCUGUGAGGAAACGAUCCUGAGAGGAACUACCAGGAUACCGUUUUACCGUUUGAGUUUACG